UGGACGAGGAGGUCGUGCCUUCGACCACACCGCAUCACCCAUCGUGGUCGUUCGUGGUUUUGUGUUUUUUUUUUUUUUUUAAUUUUUUAUAUAGUUUCUUUUCUCGCACAGUGAAAUUACAAACUCAGCCAAGAUUGCAGUUUGGAUACGCGGAAGGAUUGAGGCGGAAGGAGGCUGCUGCUGUCAGCCAUGGGGACGGCAAAGAUGAAACAUCUUUGGCCGUUGCUGGCGUGGAUACUUCUAUCCUCAUAUCCGGCCGAAUCUCGCAAAGGACUCGGUCACGGAUUGAGGCGAGAAGUAUUCUUUCUGAACCUCGAAGACGGCUACUUCGGCUGUCAAGUCAACGAGUCAACGGACAUUCUUCAGCUGCUCGAGCUUUCGAAGCUCUGCGAUCAUCGCGCCGAUUGUUAUCAAGGCGCGGACGAGCAGCGCGACAAGUUGAAGUGCACAGACGAUUGUACAAAAGAGGACGGCACCAAAUGUCAGAACGGUGUCUGUCUCGAUUCAGUCUGUCACUGUAACGACGGGUUCGGAGGAUGUAAUUGUCAGGUUCCAGACGAGAACGAGUGUAAAUAUCGGCCCUGUGAUAUAUUUGCCCACUGUACAAAUACUCUUGGCAGUUUUCAAUGUUCCUGUUUUCCUGGAUAUCGAGGCGAUGGCUUUCAUUGCGAGGAUAUCAACGAGUGCGACGAUCCCGUGCUCGCUGGGCGUUGCGUCGAGAACGCCGAGUGCUGCAAUCUCCCGUCGAACUUCCUCUGCAAGUGCAAGCCCGGCUACAUCGGCAACGGCGAGGUGCGCUGCGAUGACGUGGACGAAUGCACGAUACCGGGUGCAUGCGGCGACAAUACCCUGUGUCACAACAUACCCGGCAAUUACACCUGCGCGUGUCAGGACGGAUUCACGGGAGACCCGUACGACAGUUGCGUCGAUAUUAACGAAUGCGAAUACGAGAAUGCUUGCGGAAGGGGUGCGCUGUGCGUGAACCUACCGGGCGCGCACAAGUGCGAAUGUCCCGAGGGUUACAACGGCAGUCCCGAGGACGAAUGCAGGGAUAUAGACGAAUGCCUGAGAAGUCCCUGCGGACGUUCCGCACUUUGCACCAACGUGCACGGUAGCUUCCGGUGUUCCUGUCCCGAGGGAAUGGACGGCGACCCGUUGACAGGUUGUCACGAUGUAAACGAGUGCGAGGAGGGUACACCUUGCGGAGCGGACUCGGAGUGCGUGAACACCGAGGGUAGCUUUGAGUGCAGAUGUCACGCCGGCUAUCAGAUGGACCCCGUGCACGGUUGCGUCGACAUGAACGAGUGCAGCGGCGCGGACGUAUGCGCCGCUAACGCGAGAUGCAUCAACGUGCCGGGCUCGUACAAGUGCAUCUGCCCGCCGGGCUUCGUCGGCCAAGGACUAACUCUCUGCGAAAACGUGAACGAAUGCGAGCGCAACCCCUGCGGCGAGAACGCCGAGUGCACCGACACGAUAGGUAGCUUCGUCUGCAGCUGCAAGGCAGAUUACACCGGCGACCCCUUCAAGGAGUGCAGCGACAUCAACGAGUGCACGGCUCUGGAAAAUCCUUGUGGCAGAAAUGCGAUUUGCAAGAACGAAGAGCCAGGCUACAACUGCGUCUGUCCGCCGGGGUACAGUGCCAACCCCAGCUCGGCAGUCGCGUGCGAUCAGACCGACGUGACGACUCUCUGCAAGUCAAAUUUCGAUUGCGUCAACAAUGCCGAGUGCAUUGAGGGACAGUGCUUCUGCAAGGACGGUUUCAAAGCCGUCGGUGCGGAGUGUGCGGAUCUCGACGAGUGCGUGGAUCUCGCUCUCAAAAAUCCUUGCGGACCUGCGUCGAUCUGCACGAACACUCGGGGAAGCUAUCGUUGCGAGUGCGAGUCUGGAUUCGUUGGCACGCCACCUCACAUACCGUGCAAAGCACCGUGUGAUGAGGUAACUUGCGGCGAACACGCUUUCUGUAAGGCCGACGGCCACGAGGCCUAUUGCAUCUGCGAAGACGGCUGGACGUUCAAUCCGAACGACAUAGCGGCUGGAUGUGUCGACAUAAAUGAAUGCGAUGCAAUAAACGGACCUUCGGGAAGAUGCGGCAGAAACGCCAUUUGCACGAACACGCUUGGCGGUUUCAGUUGUCAGUGUAAACCCGGAUAUUCGGGAAACGCCUUCAAACAGUGUAUUGAUAUAGACGAAUGCGCGAAACCCGACGUAUGCGGUCACGGAGCGACGUGCACCAACACCGUGGGUUCUUACACGUGCACCUGUCCGGAAGAAACCAUACCCGACCCCGAUCCCUACAUCAAGUGCGUUGCCAUAGUCAGAUGCGAGAUCGACGACGACUGUCCGGGAAAUGCCAUUUGCGACCCGCAAAAGAGAUGUCUCUGUCCCGAGCCUAACGUCGGAAACGAUUGCAGGCAUCCGUGCGAAGAUCUGUCCUGCGGACCCAACGCUCACUGCAUGCUCCUGAACGACGUAGCGACGUGUCUCUGCAGCAACGGUUAUACCGGCAGACCGGGGGUGAAGGACGGUUGCCGGGACAUCGACGAGUGCGCGAUGAAUCCCUGCCCUCCGGGCGCGAUCUGCAACAACGAGCCCGGCUCCUUCUCGUGUCAGUGUCCGAGCGGCAUGACGGGCGAUCCUUACACCGGAGGUUGCCAGGAGUCGAAGACGCCGCACGUGUGCGGACCGAGCUCGCCCUGUCCCGCCGGAGAACAAUGCAUCAAGGACGAAUUCGUGGGCAGCAGCGUGUGCAUCUGCCAACGCGGUUACAUGCGCGAUCGCGAGACCGGCAAGUGCAGAGACAUUAACGAAUGCAUGGAGCUAAGAGAAAAGUCCGCCUGCGGCGUAAACGCGAUCUGCAAAAAUCUCCCGGGCAGUUACGAGUGUCAGUGCCCGCCGGGCUUCAAUGGAAAUCCUUUCUCGCUUUGCGAAGAGUGCAACAGCAUCGAAUGCCAGUGUCAACCGCCAUACAAGAUCGUCAGUGGUAAAUGCAUGUUGGCCGGCUGUUCAAAGGGCGAGAAGUGUCCAAGUGGCGCCGAGUGCAUAACGAUUGCCGGUGGUGUCAGCUACUGUGCCUGUCCGAAGGGUUACGCAACCAAAUCCGAUGGAACUUGCGAAGAUAUAAACGAGUGCAUCGUUGGACACCAAGUCUGCGGCUACGGUGCCGAGUGCAUCAACCUGCCGGGUUCGCAUCAGUGCGUCUGUCCGCACGGAUACGGCGGCGAUCCGUACAACGGUCUUUGCUCUCCGGCGCAAAAGAGAUGCACCAACGACAACGAGUGCAAAGCCAACGAGAAGUGCGUGCAACCCGGUGAGUGCGUGUGUCCGCCGCCAUUCUACACGGACCCCUUGGACGGAAACCUGUGCAAGAAUCCUUGCGAUCGUUUCCCGUGCGGCAUUAACGCGAAAUGCACGCCGAGCGAUCCGCCGCGAUGCAUGUGCGAGGCCGGUUUCGAGGGCGAUCCGCAGCACGGUUGCGUCGACGUGAACGAAUGCGCGAACAACCCCUGCGGUCACGGCGCGUACUGCAUCAACACGAAAGGCGAUCACGUGUGCGAGUGUCCGAAGGGGAUGAUCGGCGAUCCCUACGGCGCCGGUUGCACGGGAGUCCCGACCAGCAAAAGCGAGUGCUCGUCAAACGACGACUGCGAGAAUUAUCUGGCGUGCGUUCAGGGAAGUUGCGUAAAUCCUUGCGACAACAUCCCUUGCGGUCCGAACGCGUACUGCGAGCCCGACAAGCACGCGGCUUGGUGCAGAUGCGUAAUCGGAUUCACGGAGGGCAAGAACAACGAAUGUGUUUCACAAUGUGACGGAUUUGUUUGCGGCGCCGGGGCCCAGUGUAUCGUCAGCUACGACGGGCCGACUUGCAAGUGCAUCGAAGGCUUCAUCGGCAAUCCUUUCCCCGGUGGACAGUGCGUUCCGGAUGUUUGCUCGCCCGAAAUCCCGUGCGCUCAGCCGAGCGUUUGCAUCAGCGGACGUUGCAAACGACGCUGCGAAGGUGUGGUUUGCGGUAUCGGCGCAAUGUGCGAUCCGUUGACGAAUAAGUGCGUCUGCAAUCCCUAUUUUGUCGGCAACCCCGAUCUACUCUGCAUGCCACCGAUUCAACCACCUCACUGCGAUCCACUUUGCGGAAAGAACGCGCACUGCGAGUACGGCCUGCAGGAAUCCAAAUGCGUUUGCAAUCCGGGUACAAGUGGAAAUCCUUAUCACGGCUGCGGCGUUCAACAGAAAUCCGAUUGUUCCACCGCGGUCUGCGGAAAGGACGCGCUCUGCAACGCGGGUCCCAACGUCGUCGAAUGUCUCUGUCCACCUGGCUUCGCCGGCAAUCCAUACAUUCAAUGUUUCGACAUCAACGAGUGCAACGGAAACGCGUGCGGCGGCAACGCGGUGUGCAUCAACACCAUCGGAAGCUACGACUGUCGCUGCAAGGACGGCUUCUUCGGCAAUCCCUUCGUCGGGUGUCAGCAGGUGCAGGUGGGACCGUGCGCCGAUCCCUCGACCUGCGUCUGCAGCGACAACGUGCCGUGUCCCUUCGAUUACACCUGCGUCGAUCACAAGUGCAUAAAUCAAUGCAGCGACAUCAAGUGCGGUCCCAGAUCCGUCUGUCAGAACGGAGCGUGCGUGUGCCCGCCGGGUUACAGCGGCAAUCCCAACGAUCUGCACAAAGGCUGCCAUUUGCACGGUCACUGCUCGAACGAUCUCGAAUGCGCGCCCCAGGAGAUUUGCUUCCAGAUCGGCAAGGGGGUUCGCAAAUGCGUCGACGCGUGCAGCAAACUGCAAUGCGGGCCCAACGCGCUGUGCGUUACUCAGAACCACGUGUCCUCCUGCCUGUGUAUCGACGGUUAUCAGGGCAAUCCAAGCAAUCUGAUCGAGGGUUGUCAACCAUCUAAGACCAUAUUACCUGGAUGUACUCACGAUUCGGACUGCCAACCGGGUUCCUUCUGCGUCAUCCUGGACGGCGGCGUGCGCGACUGCGUGAAUCCCUGCAGCAAAGUUGUGUGCGGCGCUUAUCAGAAGUGCGAGCCUGAUGUCGUACCCGGUCAUGCCACUUGCAAGUGUCAGGACGGAUACGAGUGGAAUCCGGUACUGUCGUCCUGCGAGAAACCCUCGGUGCCCGACUGCAUAACCGACAACGACUGUCGCUCGAGCGAAGGUUGCAGACCGGACGCGCUCGGCGUGCUCAAGUGCGUAUCGCUCUGCAGCGGCUUCACGUGCCCCACGAAUUCCCGCUGCCUGGCGGAGAACCACGAGGGCCGUUGCGAGUGUCUGCCCGGUUACACGGGCAAUCCGAACGACCGCCGUGGCUGUCACAGUCCGCGCGAGAAUCGCUGCACCACAGACAGCGAAUGCGCGGAGGAUCAGACGUGUCGCGGCACUUCCGACGGUCCGCUCGCCUGCCAGUUAGUCUGCGACUUCGUCUCUUGCGGCCCGAACGCGCUCUGCGUCGUUAACAAUCACGUGGCGAACUGCGAGUGCCCGCCCGGUCUGUACGCCGGUGAUCCGAACGACCCGGCAGCCGGUUGUCGCGCCGUGCCUUGCGUAUACAACAUCGACUGUCCGUCGACGCAGCUCUGCAACCGACUGACGCACACCUGCUACGACGCCUGCGACGAGAACGCCUGUGGCGUGAACGCAGUCUGCAUCGCGGACGAUCACAAAGCGAUCUGUCAAUGUCCGCCCGGACUUCGUCCGAAUCCGGUGCCCGACGUUGAGUGCGUCGCCGUGGAGGCGUGUCGUCCGGACUCCUGUCACCCGACGGCGAUUUGCGUUACCGGCCCGACCAACAACCCGGUGUGCCAAUGUCCGCCCAAUCACGUGGGCGAUCCUUACGUGACCGGUUGCCAACCGGAGGGAUAUUGCUCCGGUCCCAAGGACUGUCCGGUGCACUCCAUCUGCCACGAGCAUCGCUGUGUGAACCCGUGCGAGAACGCUUGCGGACCCAACGCAAUAUGCGAGAUCGUGAACGGUCGACCGAGUUGCAAGUGCGUUCACAGAUUCGUGCCGUCCUCGAAGGGACCAGAGCACGGAUGUAUACGGGGUAGUAACUACUGCACGGUGGAUGCCGAGUGCGAGGACAGCGUGUGCCUUGAUGGGCAGUGCAGAGCCGUGUGUCGUACAGUCGCCGAUUGUUCGGACGGAGAAAAGUGCAUCAACAACAAGUGCAUGGUAUCGUGCAUUACGCACUCGCAGUGUCAAGUGGAUCAGGCAUGCGUUAGCAGUGGAUGUAUUCUCGGUUGUCGCAGUAACAAAAACUGUCCGACUACCGAAUCGUGUAUCAACAACAAGUGUCAAGAUCCUUGCAGCAGAAAAGACGUGUGCGGACCAAAUGCGAUUUGCAGCUGUACGAAUCACGCGGUCACGUGCACGUGUCCUCUCGGCUUCCACGGCAAUCCCACCCCGCAGCAAGGCUGCGUCCGAGUGCCGAACGCGUGCCAAACCUCGCACGACUGUCCCAGUCAGCACCUGUGCGUUUCCGGAUUGUGCCAGUGCCAGUGCUCGGAACAGAACAACUGCGCCCAGGGCGAACGCUGCAAGAACGGCAUUUGCGUGAAGAUAUGUUACAGCGACAGCAACUGUCUGCCCGGCGAAUUGUGCAUCGAUGGCACGUGCGAGGCCGGCUGCACCUCCGACGUCGGAUGCAAGCGUGACGAAGUGUGCAUUAACAACAAGUGCAGAUGCAGCCACGGAUUUAUCGCUGGCCCCGAACACUGUCUGGACAUCAACGAGUGUGAGGAUCAUCCGUGUCACCCGAGCGCCGAGUGCAUCAAUCUCCACGGAUCUUAUCGUUGCGCGUGUCCCCAGGGCACCGCAGGCGAUCCUGUAGGAUCGGGUUGCGUCCUGCCGCACCAGUGCACCGCUCACACAGACUGUCCGGACGUGCAGGCCUGCAUUCAACACAACUGUUCGGAUCCGUGCUCAUUCGUCGACUGCGGGUUGAACACCGUUUGCUCCGUUUUGGAUCACGUGGCGGGAUGUCAGUGCCAACCUGGUUACAUCGGAGACGCUUCUGGCUGCUUCAAAGUGGAAUGUCUCUCCAACAGUGAUUGCCCGACCGAUAAAUACUGCAAUCAGGAGACCAACAAGUGUAGCAGUCCUUGCAAUCAAGUGAAUUGCGGAUACGGCAGUUGCGUAGCUAUCGACCAUGUCAGCGUGUGCAAAUGUUAUCCUGGUUUCGUUCUCGCAGGAGACAUUUGCGCCGAUGUCAACGAGUGCUUACAAGAUCCUUGCCAUUCUACGGCCAUAUGCCAAAACACAGAGGGAUCGUUUGCUUGCGUGUGUCCGCACGGUUUGGUAGGUGAUCCGUUCAAAACAGGUUGCAAGCAGCCCGGCGAUUGCUUCACGGAUUCAGACUGUCCGAAUUCGGCCGCGUGCGUCGACAAUAAGUGCACCAAUCCGUGCGACACACCCGGCAUUUGCGGCAGAAACGCGGAAUGUCUCGCGCGCGAUCACGUUCCAAUUUGUAGAUGUCCUGGACAAACUGUAGGAAACCCAGCAACCGAGUGUGUUCAUUUGGAGUGCAACUAUCACAGCGACUGCAGUCCCUCGGAUGCGUGCUUUGAUCACAAGUGCGUCGAUCCCUGCUCCCUUGCUAACGUUUGCGGCCACGGGGCCGAUUGCUCGUCGCUUAAUCACAGCGCGGUGUGCACCUGUCAGCCUGGCGGCACAGGUGACCCGAAUCUGGGAUGCACUCCAGUUCAGUAUUGCAAGAGCGACUCGCAGUGCGCAACUGGAUCGGCUUGCAAUGGGGGUAUAUGCACAGCGCUGUGUGGAAGUACGAGAGACUGCAUCGGAGAUCAGCUUUGCAUCAACGGUCUUUGCCAGCCUACAUGCAGAAGUAACUCAAGCUGCCCGGAAUAUCAAUACUGCCAUAACAAUAUAUGUGUUCAAGAAUUACGUUGUACCUCGGACAGCGACUGCGGAUACGACGAGAAAUGCGUCAAGAAUAACAUCGGUCAGGCGGAAUGUCGUAAAGCUUGCGACUUGAUACUGUGCGGCCGAAACGCCGCCUGCAAGACUGACAAUCACAUCGCGACGUGUACCUGCAAUCCCGGUUUCUUCGGAAAUGCAAGAGACGACAAAAUCGGCUGUCAACUGAUCGAGUGCAGGAGCAACGAUGAGUGCGCCGACGACAAGAUCUGCGAUGAGAACUUGUGCAAGAUCAGCUGCAUCGUGAAAAAUCCCUGUGGCGUGAACGCCAUUUGCAAAACGGAGAACCACGUUCAAAUUUGUAUUUGUCUGCCGGGAUACACGGGAGAUCCGACACUUGGUUGCCGACCGAUAGAUUACUGCGCGGACGCACCUUGCGCGCCAGGCGCGUUGUGCGAAAAUUCACGGGGACACUUCAAGUGUCACUGUCAGCCCGAGACCGUCGGAGAUCCUUACAACAGUGGCUGCCAGCCGCCAGUAGAGUGUCUUCAGGACGCGGAUUGUCCGCUAACUGCCAAAUGCGUCAAUAUUAACAACGUGCCAAAAUGCUUUGAUGCUUGUGCGCGCAUCCGAUGUGGUCCGAACGCGGAAUGUAUCGCGAACAAUCACGCCGCGAGUUGUCAGUGCCGCACCGAUUACGAGGGCGAUCCCAACAGUCUGAGCGUGGGAUGUCGUCCGAAGCCGGUGAUCUGCACGUCGCACGUCGACUGUGCGGUCAACACUUACUGUUACGAAGGCAUUUGUCGACCAUCUUGCCAAUCGGAUGAGGAAUGCAACUUGUCCGACGUUUGCUUAAACGGACAGUGCCUGGAUCCGUGCGAUGUGCGAGGAUCCUGCGGCAUAAACGCCGAGUGCAAAGUGAAGAGUCACAUCAAACAGUGCAGCUGUCCGCCAGGCUUCACUGGCAACUCCGAAGUCGAAUGUGUGAGACUGCCGGUGUCUUGUCUGGGCAGUGGGGAUUGCAACGAAGGCAACACCUGUCGCGAGAACGUCUGCUUGCCGAUUUGCACGAUUGACGACGAGUGCGCGCUAAACGAAAAGUGUGUCCGCGGCAAUUGUCUGCUGACCUGCCGGUUGGACAACGACUGCUUCCUGGGCCACAUAUGUCUGAAUAAUAUGUGCUUGUUCGGCUGCCGCGCCGACGAGGACUGUAACGCGAACGAAGCGUGCUUGGGCAACAAGUGCGUGAACCCGUGCGAGGCUACGCCGUGCGGACCGAACGCCAAAUGCAUCGUCUUCAACCAGCGCGCCACGUGUUCCUGUCCUCGCGGUUUCAUUCCGAACCCGACGGCAAAGGUCGCGUGCCUGAGAUCACCCGGUCCGAUCUGCCAAGCCAAUCGGGACUGCGCCGUGGGCACGGCCUGCAUCGCCGGUGCUUGCACGCCCGUCUGCUCGUCUAACGCAAACUGCCUGAGCAACGAGAGAUGCGACAGUUCUGGCAUCUGCAAGUCCCUGUGCAGAAGAGACGAGGACUGCAGAAGCGGCGAGAUCUGCGAAGGACUGAUGUGCGUCUCUGGUUGUCGGGCUGAUAUCGAGUGUCAGGACAAUUACGCGUGCAUAAACAAUCAGUGUAGAGAUCCGUGCGAGUUAGCUGACGCUUGCGGCGUAAACGCUAAAUGCACGACUAUCAAUCACCAACGAUUAUGCACGUGUCCCUCACCUUUGGUGGGAGACGCGCGCAUUGGAUGCAAGCAGGCCUUCCUUCCGUGCUCGUCCGAUCAUGACUGUCAACCGGGACAAACAUGCUACGGCAGAUCGUGUUACUCCACGUGCAGAAGCGAUGCAAAUUGCUUGAGCGACGAACGGUGCGAUGGCGGCAUUUGCAAGGCGAUAUGUAACAGCGACGAUCACUGCGUCUCGAAUCAAAUAUGUUACAAUCGCUUGUGCGAUAUCGGAUGUCGUAGCGACAAUGCGUGUCCCAGCGACGAGUCUUGUAUCAAUAAUCAAUGCAAAAGCCCGUGCGAAGGUGGCAAAGCAUGCGGAGAAUGCGCUGGUUGCCGCGUGGUCAAUCACGUGGCUCAGUGCAGCUGUCCCGCUAAUUAUUACGGCAACGCGUUAAUUAACUGCGCCAAGACCAUGAUUCCUUGCGACGGUUCAUGUGAGUGCGACGAAAUCGGCUUCUGCACCACCAGCUGUCACGGUCAGAACGACUGUUCCUGCGGUGAGGUCUGUCACAAUGGAAAGUGUCGCAUCAAGUGCGAUGUCAACAACGCAUGUCCAAAGGGCUACGUGUGCGACGGUGGUUUGUGCCUAGUCGGCUGUCGCACUCAUUCCGACUGCCCGUCGUCGUUGUCGUGCACCAACGGCCAGUGUGAGAACCCAUGUUCCGCUCACGGAUCACCUUGCGGAAUAAACGCUCUUUGUCGCGUGUCAAGUCAUCGUGCGGUCUGUUUGUGUCCGGAAGGUUACCAAGGCGAGCCGAGCCAAGAGUGCUACCAGCUCGAGUGCCAUCACGACGACGACUGCGAACCAAACAAACGUUGCAGCGAGUACGGGGUCUGUACGAAUCCGUGCUUACAGCAUGGUGUAUGCGGCUUCAACGCGCAGUGUCGAGUCAUCAACAGAAAGGCUCAGUGCUCGUGCCCACCUGGACACUUCGGCAACCCGAAGAUCAAUUGCAAGAAGGGCGGAGAUGAAUGUCUGCGAAGAUCUUGUGGCGUCAACGCGAAGUGUCGAGAAACUCUGGACGGCUUUGAAUGUACGUGCGAUCCGGGAUGCCACGGUGAUCCGCACCAGGUGUGUCUCUGCGACGGCGAUCUCUGCAAAGACACUCGUUGCGGCGUCAAUGCAGCUUGUCGAAUUUACAAGAACCAACCGCAAUGCUACUGCCCGCCGAAUUAUCCGUCGGGUGAUCCGAUACACGCAUGUAGCGCAGAUAGAGAUUUAGGAGACUGUCGCACUAACGGAUGCGGAAAGAACGCCGAAUGCAUCAGGGACGGGGCUAUAUUCGUCUGCCGAUGUCCACCAGGCACAAGCGGCUCGCCGGAUAUCGAGUGCACGACAGCAGUUCUUCACCCCAAGCCAAUUUGCGAGUCUGACGAUGACUGCAGCGAUGUAGAAGCCUGUGUCGAAAGUUCCUGUGUUGAUCCUUGUAUCAACGAGUGUCAACAAGCGGUUCAGUGUCGGGUUGAAGCGCACAGGCCUAUUUGUUGCGACUCGAAAGACGAAUGUAGUUUAGCUAACACUACAACGACAAUAUCUUCCGUAGAUCGCACUCUCGAAACCACAUUACAAACAACACAAACCGGCAUUUUAACACCCACACUGUCGAUUUCUACUACAGAGAUGCCAAUUAUGAUAUACACGGAGGAACAUACAAUUCCUUCGGACCAAGUCACUGAAAAUUUAGAACGUAUUACCACUGAAACGACAGAAAUUGUCACCGAAUCUCCAAAAGCAACAACAGUUGUUUCGACAUUGAGCACUACUGAGAUUAAUCAUUUAGAUAAUACUCUGAUUCCAACGACAAACGAAUCUAGUCGUUUUACAACUCCAAUUUCUGGAACCGACUUUACCGAAUCUACUUCGACAGAAUAUACUACAGCGCGUACAAUUACUUCCGGUAUGAAAUUCACAACUUUUACUACUAUUCCAACGACACAUAGUACGGGAGAAACGGUUACAGAAAAUUUAUCUUCUCCUACUGUAACUUCAAUACCAAAGUCUACUACUGGUUAUGAAGAAAUUGCUACAACAACCGAAAUACUAAAAACUGUUCCGAUUACCACUAUGACCUCUUCGUCAUUUCCGUAUAAUCAUACUGAUAUUAGUACUGAGAGUUCGGUCGGCAUCACAGACUCUAAUAAAACUACUGAAACAAUGUCUACAUCGACGGAAGUAAGUAGUAUCACGGAAGUUCCUGAGAAUAUUACUAUAGUUCCUACUACAAAAGUUCCUAAUAUAACUGUUGAAGAAAUGCCAACAAUAGCAACAACUACACAACAAUAUUCUACUACAGAAUCACAAGAAUUAACAGUAAAGCCGUUAGGAACAACCACUGAACAAAAUACGGAAAGCACUAUUAACACGACUACAACAUUGCUUACGCAAACAAAUUAUACAGUGUCAUUUCCGACUAUUUUAGAACAUACCGAAAUGUCUACAACAAGUAUUGAACGUGACACUGCGAAAGAAAUAACACAAGAAUCAAGCACCGCAGAAACAACAUUGCUACGCACAACUGAAACACAUGUAGAAGAUACUACUCCGUUAUAUGCAAUGACGUCUGAACUUCCCACACUUACGACAAAUGAAUCGAUUACUAACAUCUUGACAACAGAACAAUCAUCUACGACUGAACAAUAUACUACAUCUAAUCUUGUUACAGAACAGUUUACUACGUCGCAACAAUCCACGGAACAAUAUACUACACCUGAACAAACCACAAAACAAACUUUGACUACAGAACAGCCAACCGAACAAUAUACUACACCUAAACAAACCACAAAACAAAUUUUGACUACGGAAUACUCUACAGAAACAUAUUCUACAACAGAACAACACACAACGUCACGACAGCCUACAGAACAAUAUACUACACUAGAGCAAACCACAAAACAAUAUUUGACUACAGGACAGUCUACGGAACAAUAUAUUACACCUGAGCAAACCACAAAACAAAUGUUGACUACAGAAUACUCUACAACAUAUUCUACAACAGGACACACAACGUCACAACAGUCCACAGAACAAUAUACUACAUCUGAACAAAGUACAGAACAAAUUUCAACUACAAAACAAUACAGUACUCCAGAAUACUUUACACAAGGUUAUUCUACGACAGAACAACUCAAAACAUCACAACAGACUACGGAACAGUUUACUACUCCUGAACAAUACACUACAAUUUCUACUACAGAACAGAUUUCUACUACGGAACAAUAUAGCACAUCAGAAUUGUCUACAGAACAGCAUUCUACAGAGCAGCCUCAGACAUCAGAAUCAACAACAAUGUAUUACACUACAUCUACACACCCGACCGAAAUUUCGACUACGGAACAAUACAGUACUUUUUAUUCGACAAAAGAACUUUCUACUACAGAAAAAUUCACUCCAACUACAGAAUUUACGCAAUCUUCCUUUGCUACAACAGAACAUAGUACGACUCAAUACCCUACGCAAGAGUACACUACGUCUACCGAUCAAUAUUCGAUCACAAAACAAUACAGGACUCCUGAGCAUCACAUUACAACAGAAUAUUUUACAACAGUACAAAAUGCAACUGAGCAAUAUUCUACGACAGAACAAUCUACCACACCUGAAGUUACUGAAAAUAAAACAGUUGUGACUUGCAACUUUGACACAGAUUGUACAAAAUGCGAGAUGUGCUUCGAUCGUCUAUGUCGAAACCCGUGCAAAGUCAAUAAUACUUGUGGAGAAAACGAUUCGUGCGACGUUAUAAAUCACCGGCCUGUGUGCUUGAACUCAAGUACCGAGCAGAGUACGUCUAAUUGUAGCAUACUCCCAGACGUGAAAUGCACAACGCACAACGACUGCCCCAUCCAACUGGCUUGCAUAAACCAUCAGUGUUUGAACCCGUGCACUUUGGGCAAUCCGUGUGACUUCGUUGAGGACUGCCACGUCCAUUAUCAUAGGCCAGUCUGCGUUAAAGUGGAUACUAACGAAACAGAAUGCCCGUAUUGUCCACCUGGCAUGCAGUGCGACUCCUCAACAAACACAUGCGUUAAAGCGGGUUGCACUAGCAACAGGGAUUGCCCUCUGACAGAAGCGUGCAUCGGGCAUACUUGCCAGGAGCCGUGUCUAGUACGAAAUCCCUGUGCGGAACAUGCUAUUUGUAUUAAUACGAAUCACGGAACAGACUGCAGCUGUGAAGAGGGUUAUCACGGUAACGGAUUCUCCUAUUGCGAUGAGGAAGAAGAAGCUAAGAAUAUUUGUCAAUACAACGAGGACUGUCCUCCGCAUAAGUACUGCGAUCGACUUAACAGACAGUGUAUCAAUCCUUGCAUCGAAUAUGACUGUGGAGAAAACGCGAAGUGCAUCUCUAGUAACCAUCAAGCGCAGUGUACGUGUCUUCCGGGAUAUCAAGGAAAUCCGGAAGUUGGCUGCCAUGAGAUACUGACUUCAGAUCCUUGCGUGCCAAAUCCUUGCGGUCUAAACGCGUUGUGUGAGAACGAUAACGGAAAUCCUGUCUGUUUCUGUCCGAAAGGUUUGACGGGAAGUCCGUUCGAGCAAUGCAUUCCCGAAGGUGAUCAGUGCGAGGGCAAUCCUUGCGGCGCUAACUCAGGCUGCCGAGUGAUAAACGGACAGGUAAAGUGCUUCUGUUUGCCAGGCUACGAGGGAGAUCCGCCGCAUUCGACUUGCGCGCUUCCCAGAAAUUCCUGCGAACCUUCUCCAUGCGGUCCCAACACUCGCUGUACCGUGUUGAGCAACGGCUUUGCCAAGUGUACGUGUUUGCCUGGAUACAUCGAAAGUCCCAACACUAUCAGAGGAUGCGUACCGAAAGCUGACCAAUGCGAAUUUAAUCCAUGUGGAUCCGGAGCGAUGUGCAACAGCACGAGAAUACCACCUUGUUAUUGUCCGGAUCUUAUGAUCGGAAAUCCGUACAAGAGUUGCGGAGCACGACCAUCGGAACCAUAUGAUCCCUGUUUGUUAUCACCUUGCGGCAAAAAUGCUAUUUGCACAGCGGUCAAUGGUGUGGCCAAGUGCACGUGUAUACCACCGUUCGUUGGCAAUCCUUAUAUAGACGGUUGCGAAGCGGAAUGCAUCAUUAAUCAGGAUUGCGAGAGUCACUUGGCGUGUUUCAAUCAGCAUUGCAGAGAUCCAUGUGCAGGUGUAUGCGGCGCGAAUGCUCGUUGCGAAGUUGUUGAUCAUCUUCCAAUAUGCUCCUGCUUACCGGGAUAUACUGGAGAUCCGUUCAGAGCCUGCAAAGUGGAGAGACCUUUUCUAGAUCAGAAUCCGUGCAUGCCAUCGCCGUGCGGUCCACACAGUAUCUGUCGUGUGAUGAACGAUCGCGCGGUUUGUUCGUGCAGUCCUGGUUAUCAAGGUACUCCGCCACACUGCCGCCCUGAGUGUUACGUCAGUACAGAAUGUCCGUCACAUCUGGCUUGCAUAAAUCAAAAGUGCGAUGAUCCAUGUCCGGGCUUGUGCGGCUUGAACGCCGAUUGCCAGGUUAUCAAUCACAAUCCUAUCUGCAGCUGUCCUCGUCAAUACGUCGGCGAUCCGUUCACACAAUGUGCUAAAGAAGAACCUUUGCCACCGACCACAAAUCCUUGCCUGCCGUCGCCUUGUGGAGCCAACGCUGAUUGUCGCGUUCAAGAGGACCAUCCCAUAUGCACAUGCAUCAGCGGUAUGUUUGGGGCACCGCCGAAUUGCAGACCGGAGUGUGUGAUCGAUCAAGAUUGCAUUAGUUCCUUAGCUUGCAUACAAAAGAAGUGUCUGGAUCCGUGCGUUGGAUCGUGCGGAUUCAACACAAAUUGCACUGUGCAAAAUCAUCGACCCAUCUGCCAAUGUUACGAAGGUUACGAAGGUGAUCCCUUCUCCGGCUGUGCCAAAGUUGUCUUCCCAGUGCAACUGCCAUGCGAUCCGUCACCGUGCGGCGCAAACGCCGUGUGCAAAGAGCGUAACGGCGCGGGGUCGUGCACUUGUUUACCCGACUACACUGGUGAUCCAUAUGAGGGUUGCAGGCCGGAAUGCGUUCAGAACUCGGAUUGCGUGCACACAAAGGCUUGCAUUAACAACAAGUGCAAAGAUCCGUGCGUAGGUUCGUGUGGAAUUAACGCGCAAUGUCAAGUUUACAAUCAUCAGCCAUCUUGCAGUUGUCUUUCCGGUUACACUGGAGAUCCGCUUACGUCUUGUCAUCUACCAAGAGAACCUCCAGUACCUGGUGACACAUGCACACCAUCUCCCUGUGGACCAUAUAGCAAUUGUCGGGUUAUCGAUAAUCACGCAGUGUGCUCGUGCCAACCUAAUUACAUCGGCAGUCCUCCGUCGUGUAGACCGGAGUGUGUGGUUAGUACUGAUUGUAGUCCAAACGCGGCAUGCAUUAAUCAGAGAUGCAAAGAUCCAUGUCCAGGCACGUGCGGCGUGAAUGCGGACUGUCGAGUGAUCAAUCACAAUCCAGUCUGCAUCUGCGCGAUUGGCUACAGCGGAGAUCCGUUCUUUGGAUGUGUUAAGGAAGUGGAAGUAACGUCACCAAGACCCAGCGACAAUCCGUGCGUUCCUUCUCCCUGCGGUUCUAAUUCCCAGUGCCGAGUGAUCGACGGCUUCCCGGCCUGUUCGUGUUUACCAAAUUACGUGGGUCGCGCGCCGAACUGUCGUCCGGAAUGCGUAAUAAACGAGGGAUGUCCCGGAAAUAUGGCGUGCAUCAACGAACAAUGCGUGGAUCCAUGCCCGGGAUCUUGUGGUGUGAAUACAUAUUGCAACGUCGUGAAACACAAUCCUGUCUGCAUUUGCAACGACGGCUACACGGGCAAUCCGUUCACAGAAUGCACGCCUAUCGUAGAAACACCCAUUACAACGGAACAACCUCGUACACCCUGUAAUCCGUCACCGUGCGGUGCCAACGCCGUGUGCAACGAGCGAAACGGAGUCGGAUCGUGCACCUGUCUACCUCAGUACUUCGGCGAUCCGUAUAUCGCCUGCAGACCCGAAUGUGUCACCAACGCCGACUGCGAUCGCAGCAAGGCCUGUCUGAACAACAAAUGCAUCAAUCCGUGUCCCGGUACUUGCGGUCAGGAUGCCACAUGCCGUGUGGUCAAUCACGCCCCAACAUGUUUCUGUCUACCAGGUUACACUGGUGACCCAGUGAAUGGUUGCACUCUCAUAGACAUCGUGACACCAUUACCGUCGCCGAUCGAUCCUUGCGAUCCAUCACCUUGCGGACCCAACAGCAACUGCAGGGUUCACAACGGACACGCGGUGUGCCUGUGCCAACCGGGAUUCUCCGGCAUUCCCCCAACGUGUCGACCGGGCUGUAUCGUCAGUUCGGAGUGUCCGCAGAACAAGGCGUGCAUCAAUAACAAAUGCGCGGACCCGUGCCCGGGUUCGUGCGGACAGAACACGAACUGUCUUACAGUGAAUCACAAUCCCAUCUGUAGUUGUGCGAGCGGAUACGCUGGCGAUCCGUUCGUGCACUGCACCAAGAUCAGCACUACGUCGCCAUUGCCGAAAGGAGAAGAAGAUCCAUGUUUGCCUAAUCCGUGCGGCCCCAACUCGCAGUGCAAAGUAAUAGGUUCACAUCCGGCGUGUUCCUGCUUGCAAAACUACAUCGGCCGUCCGCCGAACUGCAGACCGGAAUGCACCGAUAAUUCGGAAUGCAUCAACAGUGCGGCGUGUAUCAAUCAGAGAUGCAAAAAUCCUUGCCCCGGUGCUUGCGGUGAGCUCGCCCGAUGCAUGGUGCAGAAUCACGUUCCAAUUUGCACUUGUCCUGAAGGAUACGAGGGUGACGCCACUGUGCGUUGCGUCCUGGCGCCUCCGCCAGCGACGGAUGUGCCUGUGUCCAAUCCGUGCUCGCCAAAUCCUUGCGGUCCCAAUGCGCAAUGUCGCGAAAGAAAUGGAGCGGGUGCCUGCGUAUGUCCAUCAGAUCUGAUAGGUGAUCCUUACGACGUUGUCAAAGGAUGUCACAGAGAAUGCGAAUCAAACAACGACUGUGCCCCGCAAAUGUCUUGCGUUGGCUUCAAGUGCACAGAUCCAUGUCCCAACACGUGUGGAACUUUGUCCAUAUGUAACGUGCAAAAUCACGUUCCCGUCUGUCUGUGUCCACCGGGGUACACGGGAGAUCCGUACUUCGCUUGCGACGUCGAGGAAAUGACGAAAACGAUAGAACCAUGUUCUCCUUCGCCUUGCGGACCUAACAGCAAAUGUCGCGUCGUUAAUGGUCAAGCUGUAUGCACCUGUUUACCAGAAUACUCGGGCAUUCCUCCGUCAUGCAGACCGGAAUGCAUUGUUAAUGCCGAGUGCCCACCGCAUCUGGCGUGUGUAAAUAAGAAGUGUGCCGAUCCUUGCCCAAACACAUGCGGUUUGAGAGCGCAAUGCACCACCAAGAAUCACAAUCCGAUUUGCACUUGUCCUUCCGGUUUCACAGGAGAUCCGUUCACUUUGUGCUCGCCACUUCCUCACGAUUUUCCGACAACUGAACGGCCGCCGUCUUGCACUCCGUCGCCUUGCGGUCCAAACUCGUUGUGUCAGAUAAUAUCCGGCAAUCCCGCUUGUUCUUGUCUACCAAAUUACAUUGGCGUACCACCGCAAUGCAGACCGGAAUGCAUCUUGAGCUCCGAAUGUAAGAGUAAUCUCGCAUGCGUAAAUCAAAAGUGCGCAGAUCCAUGUCCAGGUUCGUGCGGAGUAAACGCUCAGUGUCAUGUGCUAAACCACUUACCAGUCUGCACAUGCAUGGAAGAUUUCACCGGAGAUCCGUUUACGCAAUGCAGUGUUAUUCCGCGAGUUACAGAGCCAACACCUGUGGACGCCUGUGCUUUAUCCCCAUGCGGUUCGAACGCAAUAUGUGAAAAUGGCGAAUGCAAAUGCUUGCCCGAAUAUCUCGGCAAUCCUUACGAAGGUUGCCGUCCCGAGUGCAUUCUCAAUUCCGAGUGUCCUCGCGACAAAACUUGCCUGAAAAACAAAUGCAAAGAUCCUUGUCCCGGAAUAUGCGGUCAAAACGCGCGAUGCGACGUGGUUAAUCACAUUCCCGUUUGCUCUUGUCCAACCGGAUACGUAGGCGAUCCGUUUGUCAGUUGUCGAGUUCAACCUGUGGUACCGGAUUCUCAAAAAGAUCCGUGCACACCCUCGCCUUGCGGACCGAACAGUCAGUGUCGUAACAUCGAGAAUCACGCUGUAUGUUCUUGUCUUCAAGGCUAUCUUGGUUCUCCACCAUCGUGCAGGCCCGAAUGUGUCGUCAGCUCUGAGUGUCCACCAACUAGAGCUUGCGUAAACAAAAAGUGUACAGAUCCGUGCUUGGGUUCCUGCGGCUUGAACGCAAGAUGCGAAGUCAUUAAUCAUUCGCCUAUAUGCAGUUGUCUGCCCGGACAGACUGGAGAUCCCUUUAGAAGUUGUUAUGACAUUCCACUGCCACCAGAGCCAAAGGAUCAGGGCGAUCCUUGCAAUCCCUCACCAUGCGGGCCAAACGCGCUUUGUCAAAACUCAAACGGACAACCGUCAUGCUCGUGUUUACCCACGUACAUUGGUACUCCACCCGCAUGUCGACCGGAAUGUUUGAUUAAUCCUGACUGUCCUCACGAAAAAUCCUGCAUAAACAUGAAAUGCAAAGAUCCGUGCCCGGGAUCUUGCGGAGACAAUGCCGAGUGCAAAGUAGUGAAUCACGCAGUAACGUGUUCGUGCAAGAUCGGAUACACAGGCAAUCCAUUCGUGCAAUGUGUGUUGGAAGAGGAAACAAUAAAUCCAUGCGAGCCUUCGCCGUGCGGAGCCAACGCGAUUUGUCAGCAACGGGAUAACGCGGGCGCGUGCAUAUGCAUCGAUGACUAUCAAGGAAAUCCCUACGAAGGUUGUCAACCGGAGUGCGUCUUGAGCGCAGAUUGUCCCACGAACAAGGCUUGUAUUCGCAACAAAUGCAAGGAUCCCUGUCCGGGUGUGUGCGGAGUUCGGGCUCAGUGUUCGGUCAUCAAUCACAUUCCUACAUGCACUUGCGAGCCAGGAUACAUCGGAGAUCCGUUCACAAUUUGCAUUCUUCAACCGGAACUAGACACCGAGCCUACUGUUAGGGAUCCGUGCUCGCCGUCACCUUGCGGACCUAACAGCUUGUGUCGUGCCGUGAACAACCAAGCCGUGUGCACGUGUCAAGAAUCUUUUGUAGGUGCUCCGCCAAACUGCAAGCCGGAGUGCGUCGUCAAUUCGGAAUGUCCGCAGAACAAGGCGUGCCACAAGUACAAGUGUACAGAUCCGUGUCCCGGCACUUGCGGAGUUGAAGCUAAUUGCCGUGUUAUCAAUCACAAUCCGCUCUGUAGUUGUCCCCAAGGAAAAACAGGUGAUCCUUUCUCCAGAUGUUUCCCCGAACCCGUUGUGCCGCUACCACCGGUGGAUCCUUGCUCCCCCAGCCCGUGUGGUCUCUACGCGGAGUGCAAAGUUGUCAACAAUCAAGCUGCGUGUUCUUGCCUAAAGAAUUAUAUAGGAAUCCCGCCAAAUUGCCGUGCGGAGUGCGUGGUUAAUACAGAUUGUCCGUCCAAUCAGGCUUGCAUCUCGGAGAAGUGUCGCGACCCUUGCAUCGGUUCCUGCGGCCAGAAUGCUGAUUGUCGAGUUCAAAAUCACAUACCGGUUUGUUUGUGUCAACCCGCAUAUUCCGGAGAUCCCUUCUCUUUGUGCACAUUACUUAAAGAGCAACCAAAAGUUCCCGAAGAUUUGUGUAACCCGUCACCUUGUGGACCUAAUGCAGAAUGUAACGAGGGUGUAUGCACCUGUCUGCCCAACUAUUUCGGCGAUGCGUAUUCUUAUUGUCGGCCGGAAUGCACUAUGAAUUCCGAUUGUCCCCGCGUCAAGACGUGCAUCAACCAAAACUGCGUGGAUCCCUGUCCGGGCACGUGUGGUCGUGACGCACGUUGCGACGUUGUCAACCACAUCCCUAUGUGCAGUUGUCCGCCUGGAUACACCGGAAAUCCGUUCCUUCUAUGUCGACCAUAUAUACCGGAUGACACUAUCAAGCAACCUUGCACACCUUCACCUUGUGGACCGAACAGCAUUUGCAAAGUGGUGAACGGUCACGCUGUGUGCUCGUGCCAACCCGGAUUGAUCGGCAAUCCACCAGCGUGUAGGCCGGAAUGCGUGGUCAGUGCCGACUGUCCGUUGACACAGGCGUGUCUGAAUAACAAAUGCCAAGACCCGUGUCCAGGCACGUGCGGACAGAAUACGAACUGUCAAGUGGUCAAUCACAAUCCGAUAUGCAGUUGCUCUGAAUCUUACACCGGCGAUCCGUUCACCAUCUGUUACCCUCAACCGAAAAUACCGCCCGCGCCGACGAAUCCGUGUCUGCCUUCGCCUUGCGGUCCCAACGCCGAGUGCCAAGUGAGAGGUGACAGUCCCGCGUGUUCGUGCAUCGAAAAUUACAUCGGUUUGCCGCCUAACUGUAGACCGGAGUGCACGAUCAAUCCCGAGUGUCCGUCGCAAUUAGCGUGUAUGCAACAGAAGUGUCGCGAUCCGUGUAUCGGUCUGUGCGGUCUGAAUGCUCAGUGUUCAGUAGUGAAUCACCAUGCGGUUUGUGCGUGCGUAACCGGAUACACCGGAAAUCCAUUCAGCGCUUGCGAAUUGCUGCCGGAGGAUACGCCCCUAGACGUUAGAAAACCAUGCGAACCCUCCCCGUGCGGCGUCAAUGCUGUUUGCCGCGAGAACAAUGGCGUCGGCUCGUGCGCCUGUUUGCCGGACUACACAGGCGAUCCCUAUGAAGAAUGCAGACCCGAGUGCACGCAAAAUUCUGACUGCCUGACCAGAAUGGCGUGCGUAAAUCUGAAGUGCAAAGACCCCUGUCCAGGAACGUGCGGAGUGAAUGCCCAAUGUCAGUCGGUUAAUCAUCUGCCAGUCUGUACCUGCAUUCCCGGUUACACUGGCAAUCCCUUCACCUAUUGUUCCCCGAUAGCCGAAGCCUCCCUUCCGGAAACAAAUCCGUGCAGUCCAUCGCCCUGCGGACCGAACAGUAACUGUCGAAGUGUGAACAAUCUUGCUGUUUGUACUUGUCUCCCAAACUUCAUCGGCAAUCCUCCCAAUUGCCGAGCCGAAUGUGUAGUGAACAGUCAGUGCUCACCAGAUCUCGCGUGUAUUAAUCAGAAAUGCGUGUCGCCCUGUCCAGACCCGUGUGGAAUAAACACCCAGUGCAAAGUGAUCAAUCACAGCCCCAUCUGCGUCUGCAACCUCGGUUACACCGGGGAUCCUUUCAUGAGAUGCUUCCCCGCUCCACAGCAGCUAGAUUUUCCUAUAGCCCCCAGAGACCCGUGCAUGCCGUCUCCGUGCGGUACGUACGCGGAAUGCAGAAAUAUCGGUGGUACGGCAUCAUGCUCCUGCUUGCCGAAUUACAGAGGAUCACCGCCGAACUGUCGUCCCGAAUGCCGAAUUAAUUCCGACUGUCCGAUGAAUCUCGCGUGCAGCCGAGAGAAAUGCAGGGAUCCCUGCUUAGGCUCUUGUGGCGUCACUUCGUUGUGCACAGUUCACAAUCACGUAUCCGUGUGCACCUGUCCCGAGGGAUACACCGGCGAUCCUUUCAGUAAUUGUUACCCCAGACCGACAACUGUUCCCACGGUUAUCGAUCCCUGUGAUUUGAAUCCCUGCGGACCGAAUUCACGAUGCAACAACGGCAUUUGCGUAUGUCUGCCCGAAUACCAGGGUGAUCCUUACAUAGGAUGUCGUCCCGAGUGUAUCACAAACAAUGACUGCGUCCACAAUCGCGCGUGCAUUCGCAACAAAUGCGCGGAUCCGUGUCCGGGCACAUGCGGUCUAAACGCGCUAUGUUCCGUGUACAAUCACGUGCCUGUGUGCACCUGUCCGUCCGGAAUGAUUGGCAAUGCGUUUGUCCAGUGUUCCGUCCAAGCAGAUGUUCCGAAAGGAAAUCCUUGCUUGCCCUCGCCGUGCGGACCCAACAGCAUUUGCCGAGAAAACAACGGGCAACCGGUGUGCUCGUGCGUGACGGGAUUCCUCGGUGUUCCGCCUGCGUGCAGGCCGGAGUGUACUAUCAGUUCCGAGUGUCCGCUGACGGAAGCUUGCAGCAAUCAGAAGUGCAUAAACCCUUGUCUCGGAACGUGCGGAAUUCGAGCCACGUGUCAAGUAAUCAAUCACAACCCCAUCUGUAGCUGCGGAGAACUCACGGGCGACCCGUUCGUUCGAUGCGUUCCACGACCACCCGAACUACCUGUGGCGCAAACCAAUCCUUGUGUGCCGUCACCUUGCGGUGCAAACGCUGAGUGUCGGGUUGUAGGCGACACAUCUUCCUGCUCGUGUUUACCCGGUUUCUUGGGUUUGCCACCGAAUUGUAGGCCGGAAUGCGUUAGCAACAGCGAAUGUCCUUCCCACUUGGCGUGUAUGAAUCAGAAAUGCAGAGAUCCUUGCGAAGGUUCGUGUGGCGCGAACGCCGAGUGUCGCGUAGUGAGCCACACACCCAUGUGUGUUUGUCCAACCGACUUUACUGGCGAUCCGUUCACACAGUGUAUAAUAAAGCCACCUACGCCACUUCCAGUUUCACCUUGUAAACCUUCACCCUGCGGUUUUAACGCUAUUUGCAAAGAACAGCACGGUGCCGGAUCUUGUUCUUGUCUGCCAGAUUAUGUCGGUAAUCCUUACGAAGGAUGCCGACCGGAAUGCGUUGUCGAUACCGAUUGCGUGUCUUCUCUCGCUUGUGUACAGUCUAAGUGCAAAGAUCCAUGUCCUGGCGUAUGCGGACAAUUUGCCGAGUGUCAGGUCAUCAACCAUCGACCGUCUUGCACGUGUAUUCCGGGUUACAGCGGCAAUCCCUUCCAAUACUGUUCAAUAAUUCGCGAUAUCGUUGAAAUCCCGAAGAACGUUUGUAAUCCGUCUCCUUGCGGACCUAAUAGCCAAUGUCGCGUUAACAACAAUCAAGCAGUCUGUUCUUGUCUUCCGACGUUUAUCGGCAGCGCACCCGCGUGUCGUCCCGAAUGUGUAACAAGUUCAGAGUGUCCGCUCACGCUCGCUUGUGUGAAUCAAAAGUGUCAGGAUCCAUGUCCGGGUUCAUGUGGCAGAAAUUCAAAUUGCAGAGUCAUUAAGCACAAUCCAAUUUGCUCUUGCAAGAAUGGCUAUACCGGCGAUCCGUUUACCGUUUGCUUCGAAACACCUGUGAGUCCACCCAUUGUAAGUGACGUUGUAACAGAUCCUUGCAUACCGUCACCUUGUGGCGCAUUCUCUGAAUGUCGUGACAUAGGAGGCGUGCCGUCAUGUUCUUGCUUACCAACAUACAAAGGCAGUCCGCCGAAUUGCAGACCAGAAUGUACGAUCAGUACAGAAUGUCCAGCCAAUAUGGCUUGUAUGCAGCAAAAGUGUAGAGAUCCCUGUCCAGGUUUAUGUGGCAUUUUGGCCGAAUGCAGUGUCACAAAUCAUAUACCGAUCUGUUCAUGUCUGCCGGAUCAUACCGGCGAUCCUUUUACGCAGUGUUCCGUAAUAUCACUUGCAUUGCCCAAGCCGGAUCCGUGCACACCUACACCUUGCGGUUCCAAUGCGCAGUGCAACGGAGGAAUUUGUACUUGUAUAGCAGAAUAUUUCGGAGACCCUUACACCGGCUGUCGGCCGGAGUGUGUAUUGAAUACUGAUUGCCCGAACACGCAGGCAUGCGUGCGAAAUAAGUGCAUAGAUCCUUGUCCAGGCGUUUGCGGACAAAAUGCCAUAUGCAACGUAUACAAUCACGUUCCCAUGUGCAGUUGCCCCACGGGAAUGGAUGGAAACGCUUUCGUCUUGUGUUCUCCCGUUGCAGCACCUUCUAUUAGCAAUCCGUGUAAUCCGUCUCCGUGUGGACCGAACAGUCAAUGUCGACAGAAUAACAUGCAGGCAGUAUGUAGUUGCAUAAGCGGAUUUAUCGGAGCACCUCCGACAUGCAGACCCGAAUGUGUCAUUAGCUCAGAUUGCCCGAGGAACGAAGCGUGCACCAAUCAAAAAUGUCGGGAUCCUUGUCCGGGAAGUUGCGGACGCAAUGCAGUCUGCAACGUCAUUAAUCACAAUCCCGUUUGCAUCUGCCGCCCUGGCAUGACUGGCGAUCCGUUUAUCAAUUGCUUCCCACUUCCUGCGGAACCAUUGCCCGUGCUCAAUCCAUGUCAGCCGUCGCCAUGUGGACCAAACGCGCAAUGCCAAGUGGUUAACGAUCAACCUUCUUGCUCGUGCCUGCAAGAAUUUAUCGGAUCACCGCCGAAUUGUCGCUACGAAUGUGUUAGCAACAGCGAGUGCUCAAACAAACUGGCCUGUAUCAAUCAAAAAUGUCGCGAUCCGUGUAUCAACGCAUGCGGAGUCAAUGCCGUUUGUAAUGUCGUUAGUCACACGCCAAUGUGCGCGUGUACCAGCGGUUACACCGGCGAUCCAUUUACGCAAUGUUCACCUCAGCAAUUCGACAUACAGCCUAGUGUAUCUACGCCGUGCACACCGUCCCCAUGCGGCGCGAAUGCAAUAUGUAGAGUUCAACAAAAUGCUGGUUCUUGCACAUGCUCGCCUGAUUAUCUGGGCAAUCCCUACGAGGGAUGCAGACCCGAGUGUACACUCAGUUCUGACUGCCCAUCUAAUCAGGCGUGUAUCGGUUUGAAAUGCAAAGAUCCGUGCCCAGGAACAUGCGGCCAGAACGCGCAAUGCUACGUGAUCAAUCAUUCACCAACUUGCACGUGCUUCGAACGAUAUACAGGAAAUCCAUUUAUAUAUUGCAGUCCCAUCAUCGAAGCUCCGGUUGUAUCCGAUAAUAUCAAUCCUUGCCAACCGUCUCCUUGCGGGCCGUACAGUCAAUGUAAGCCGAGCAAUGGCCAAGCGGUUUGCUCUUGUCUGCCAACUUACAUUGGCGCGCCGCCUGGUUGUAGACCCGAAUGCACAGUUAGCACAGAGUGCGCGACAAAUCGCGCUUGUGAAAACAACAAAUGUGUCGAUCCUUGUCCCAACUCGUGCGGUCAGGGAACAACAUGUAGAGUUGUGAAUCAUAGCCCAAUAUGCAUGUGCAAGCCUGGAUUCAGUGGCGAUCCAUUUAUACGCUGCUCAUACGUGCCACCUGCUCCUUUACCAAGUCCACCCUUGGACCCUUGCAUACCCUCUCCGUGCGGACCUAAUUCGGAAUGUCGCAAUGUCAAUGGCUAUCCAUCUUGUACCUGUUUGACUAAUUACAUUGGUACAGCACCGAACUGUCGUCCCGAAUGUGUUAUUCCUGCCGAUUGUCCGAGCAAUCAGGCUUGCAUUCGCGAAAGAUGCCAAGAUCCCUGUCCAGGAUCUUGUGGUCUGAAUGCUGAUUGCACUGUUCACAAUCACAUUCCAGUCUGCAGAUGUAUAGAAAGUUAUACGGGUGAUCCGUUUGUCGGUUGUCAAUUUGUACCAAUCAAAGAACCAGUGCAGCAGUCUGAUCCGUGCAGCAUAUCACCUUGCGGUUCCAAUACUCGAUGUAACAACGGCAUUUGCACUUGUUUACCUGAAUAUUUUGGCGAUCCAUAUAUCGGCUGUAGACCGGAAUGUGUACUUAGCGCUGAUUGUCCGACCAACAAAGCGUGUAUACGAAAUAAAUGUGUAGAUCCUUGCCCAGGUACUUGUGGACAAAACAGUUUAUGUAACGUAUUGAAUCAUACACCAAUGUGCAGUUGUCCCGCCGGUACCAUUGGAAACGCAUUUAUUUCUUGCGAUGUGAUGAAAGUUCCAUCCAUAACAAGACCAUGCAAUCCAAAUCCCUGCGGUCCGAACAGCAUAUGUCGAGAAUUAAAUGGACAAGCCGUGUGCACCUGUGCGCCAGAAUUUCUCGGAGCACCACCACUUUGCAGACCCGAGUGUACUCUUAGCUCCGACUGCCGGCCAAACGAAGCCUGUUCCAAUCAAAAAUGCAAGAAUCCUUGUCCCGGCACAUGCGGAAUUCAGGCGCAAUGUGUAGUUGUUAAUCACAAUCCUAUCUGCUCGUGUCCCGAACGAUACACGGGCGAUCCAUUCAUCAGAUGUGAUAUUAUGAAACCUGUAGAACCCGUAAACCCCUGCCAACCGUCACCUUGCGGUCCGUACGCUCAGUGCCAAGUUGUUAACGAUUUGCCAUCUUGCUCGUGCCUGCUCGAAUACAAAGGCUCGCCCCCUUAUUGCCGACCCGAGUGCGUCUCCAAUCCUGAGUGUCCUAGCCAUCAAAGUUGCGUACGACAAAAGUGUAUAGAUCCCUGUCCAAGUUUAUGCGGAGAAAGUGCGGAAUGCCACAUGGUGCAGCACGUACCUCAUUGCGUCUGUUCCUCUGGUUUUACCGGCGAUCCGUACACGCGCUGUUCCAUAAUACUACAAGAACCACCGGAACCAGAACUAUCACCCUGCGCGAACUUUGAAUGUGGCACAAACGCUAUAUGUAGAGAACGUGACGAUGUUGCAGUUUGUCAAUGCACUUCUAAUUACAUUGGCAAUCCAUAUCUAGCGUGUCGACCCGAAUGCGUCAUUAAUCCCGACUGUUUGCCCAACUUGAUGUGCGUAAAAAAUAAAUGCGUCAAUCCCUGUGCCGGCAUGUGCGGUCAAAAUGCUGAAUGUUCGGUUGUAAAUCACCAACCAAUGUGUACUUGCCUCCCUGGAUAUACCGGUGAUCCCUUCGUAACUUGUUCAAUAGAGAAAAUAGUCCCAGACGAGAACGUUUGUGCCCCAUCACCCUGUGGACCCAACAGCAAAUGCAAAGAAGUAUCCGGACAGGCCGUCUGUUCAUGCCUACCGUCAUAUAUUGGAACUCCACCUGCGUGUAGACCCGAAUGUGUCGCUAGUUCAGAGUGCCCUCCGCAGUUAGCGUGCAAAGACUACAAAUGUGUGAAUCCCUGCCCAAGCCCAUGCGGACUCAAUACCAAUUGCGUCGUUGUUAAUCACAGCCCCAUCUGCAGUUGCAUGCCCGGUUACAGCGGAGAUCCAUUCACCAUAUGUACAUCAAUUCCACCUGCAUUGCCACCAAGCCCGGUAGAAAGAGAUCCUUGCGUCCCAUCCCCGUGCGGUAGUUUCUCACAGUGUAGAAAUAUCGGUGGCUCCCCCGCAUGUACUUGUUUGGAGAAUUACAUAGGUCAGCCGCCCAAUUGCAGACCCGAGUGUACCAUAAACUCGGAAUGUGCGAGCGACAGAGCUUGCAUCAACAUGAAGUGCGCGGAUCCAUGUCCCGGCUCGUGUGGCAUCAAUGCCUUUUGUUCAGUCAUUAACCACAUUCCCUCGUGCAGGUGCCCAGAAGGAUAUACCGGAAAUACAUUUAUCCUUUGUACAUUGUUACCAGUGACACCGACUCCGUCUCCAGUUGAAGAUCCCUGCGUCCCGUCACCCUGCGGCCCCAACGCGGAAUGCUUUAACGGUAUUUGUAACUGCAUUCCGGAAUUCCGAGGAGAUCCAUACGUAGGUUGUCGACCAGAAUGCGUCCUAAACGACGACUGUCCCCGCGAUAGAGCGUGUAUACGUAACAAGUGUAUGGACCCAUGUCCCGGAGCUUGCGCGAUUAAUGCACUGUGCACCGUGAUCAAUCAUGUUCCCAUGUGCAGUUGUCCUGGAAACAUGACCGGAAACGCAUUCAGCCAAUGCACUCCUCUGCUAGACAUGCCACCUGCUAAUCCAUGCGUCCCUUCACCCUGUGGACCCAACAGCGAAUGCCGUGUUAUUAACAACCAAGCAGUCUGCUCUUGCAUAAAAGGAUAUCUCGGUAGUCCCCCGACUUGCAGACCCGAGUGUAUAGUUAGUACGGAUUGUUCGCAGAACGAGGCCUGUAGCAACCAGAAGUGUACGAACCCUUGCCCGGGAAGUUGCGGAUUAGGAGCCCUCUGUCACGUGGUGAAUCACAAUCCUAUUUGUGUUUGUCCUCCUUCUCAGUCGGGCGAUCCUUUUGUUAGAUGUUACCAACCACCUCCAGUAGCACCGGUAGUGCCUUCUUCACCGUGCAAACCAGACCCCUGUGGCCCCAACUCACUUUGUCAACCCCGCGACGACAGAUCCGAAUGCACGUGCUUACCCGGUUUUAUUGGCAAUCCGCCUAAUUGCAGGGCGGAGUGCGUCAGUAAUAGCGAGUGUGCCAAUUACCUAGCUUGUAUCAAUCAGAAAUGUCAAGAUCCAUGUGUCGGUUCCUGCGGUGCGAAUGCUAAUUGUCACGUUGUCAGUCACACACCAAUGUGUUCUUGUUUGAGUGGAUACACCGGUGAUCCAUUCACACAAUGCGUUUUUCGAGAACCCACACCAUUGCCGUCAACACCUGUUGACCCCUGUACUCCCUCACCUUGCGGUUCCAAUGCGGUAUGCAAGGAAUUUAACGGCGCCGGUUCGUGUACAUGUUUGCCGAAUUACAUUGGCAAUCCGUACGAAGGAUGCAGGCCGGAAUGUAUUUUGAACUCAGAUUGUCCCGCUAAUUUGGCUUGCAUAAAUAUGAAGUGUAGAGACCCAUGUCCGGGAUCGUGCGGACGAAAUGCAUUGUGUCAGGUGGUCAAUCACUUGCCAGUGUGUAAUUGUUACCCCAGAUACACAGGCAACGCUUUCUUGUAUUGCAGCCCCGUAGAAAUAGAAGGAGAAAAUGCCGUCAGUCGUCCCUGCGAACCAUCACCCUGUGGACCCAAUAGCAAGUGUCGCGUGGUGGAUAACACGAGCGUUUGUACUUGUUUGCCCACCUUCCUGGGCAGUCCGCCGAACUGCCGUCCUGAAUGUAGCGUUAGUUCGGAAUGUGCCUUUAAUCAGGCGUGCAUCAAUAACAAGUGUAGCAAUCCUUGUCACGGAUUAUGCGGUUCUAAUACAAGAUGCGAGACAAUUAAUCACAAUCCUAUAUGUUCGUGCCGAAUCGAUUUUACCGGCGAUCCAUUCGUUGCCUGUUUCGAAAUGCCACCAAAAAAUGAGAUCCAGGUAGUAAACCCCUGCGCGCCCUCACCCUGCGGACCCUUCUCGGAGUGUCGGGAUAUUAACGGUCAAGCAUCGUGUGCUUGCUUGUCAACUUAUAUAGGAACGCCACCCAAUUGCAGACCCGAAUGUUCAAUUAAUUCAGAAUGCUUGAGCAACCAAGCGUGUAUACAAAGAAAGUGCCGUAAUCCGUGCGACGGAGUAUGUGGACUGGAAGCAACUUGUAAUGUUAUUAAUCAUUUGCCUACGUGUUCUUGUCUAAGUGGAUUCACUGGAGACCCAUUCGUAGCGUGUAGACCAGCACCCGAACAAGAUACAACAAUUAAGCCGACGGAUCCGUGCUUGAAUUGUGGCGCGAAUACACAGUGUGUUAACGGCGUAUGCGUCUGCCUUCCUGAAUAUCAGGGAGAUCCGUUCUUAGGUUGCCGUCCAGAAUGUAUCCUAAAUUCGGAUUGUCCGAGAGAUCGAGCUUGCAUUAAGAACAAGUGUCAAGAUCCGUGUCGUUCCGGCCAAAUCUGCGGCCAAAACGCCUUGUGUUCGGUCGUAAACCACAUACCGACCUGUAGUUGCGCAGAAAGAAUGUCAGGCAACGCGUUCGUAAUGUGCUCCCCACUGGAUGUCCUCAUACCGAAAGAUCCAUGCAACCCGUCACCGUGCGGACCGAAUAGCAUAUGUAGAAAGAUAAACGAGCAAGCUGUCUGCUCGUGCAUUCCUAAUUAUUUGGACGCUCCACCUAAUUGCCGAGCUGAGUGUAUUAUCAGUUCCGAUUGUUCUGCCAACAUGGCCUGCAACAAUCAGAAAUGCAUAGACCCCUGCCCCGGAACCUGUGGCAUCAGAGCUCAGUGUACCGUAGUUAAUCACAAUCCAAUUUGCUCUUGUCCCUCCGAACUGACGGGUGAUCCUUUCACUCAGUGCUACGUAAAACCGGCAGAACCUCCAAGACCAGUAAACCCUUGCGUUCCCUCUCCGUGUGGACUUAAUAGUAGAUGCCAAGUGAUAAAUGAUGCACCUUCGUGUUCCUGCUUGCCAGAUUUCAUCGGUGAUCCGCCGAAUUGUAGGCCAGAAUGUAUUAGUAACAGCGAAUGCUCCACGCAUUUGGCGUGUAUCAAUCAGAAGUGCCGUGACCCUUGUCCAGGCUCUUGCGGAAUUAACUCUGACUGUAGAGUAAUAAGUCAUACUCCUAUGUGCGUUUGCCUUACUGGAUUCGAGGGAGAUCCUUUCGUAAUGUGCAAUCCCAAACAAAGCGACGUUGUAAGUGGCGUAAAACCAACACCCUGCGUUCCGUCGCCGUGCGGCUUCAACGCUGUAUGUCGCGAGCAAAACGGCGUCGGCUCUUGCACGUGUCUGCCAGAUUACAUAGGCAAUCCGUACGAAGGCUGUCGACCUGAAUGCACGAUAAACUCUGAUUGUACCGCAAAUCGAGCGUGUAUCGGAUCGAAGUGUCAGAAUCCCUGUUUAGGUUUCUGCGGAUACAAUGCGAUUUGCCAAGUAGUGAAUCAUGUGCCGUUGUGUUCAUGUCAACCCGGAUAUACCGGCAAUGCAUUCGUCUCUUGUAUCAGAAUAGUGCAAAAUACGACGCUAGAAUACAAUCCGUGCAAUCCUAAUCCCUGCGGACUUAACAGUCAAUGCCGCGAAUUGAACUAUCAAGCGGUGUGCUCCUGUUUAUCAACAUUUAUCGGUAGCCCGCCGAAUUGUCGCGCCGAGUGCACCGUUAGCUCCGAUUGCCCGGUGAAUCGUGCGUGCAAGAACCGCAAAUGCGUCGAUCCGUGUCCGGGUAUAUGCGGCAUUAACGCGAGAUGCGAAAUGAUUAAUCACAGCCCAAUUUGCAGUUGUAACCAAGGUUUUACUGGUGAUCCCUUUGUAACAUGCUUCCAACUACAGAUAGAUCAAGAAACCCCUCAACCGCCAACAAAUCCGUGCGUUCCGUCUCCUUGCGGUCCAUUCGCCACUUGUCGCGACAGUGGCUAUUCCGGCGUGCCGACUUGUACGUGUCUGGAAAAUUACAUUGGCAGCCCUCCAAAUUGUCGGCCAGAAUGUACCGUGGAUUCCGAGUGCGGUAGCAACAGAGCGUGUUUGAGACAAAAAUGCAGAGACCCGUGCCCAGGCUCUUGCGGUAUCGGAGCGCAGUGUCUUGUGGUCAAUCACAUGGCCGUCUGUGUCUGUUCAAACGGUUACACCGGCGAUGCCUUUACUCGUUGUUUCUUAGAACCUUCUCCUCCACCCGUGCCACAAGAUCUUUGCAAUCCAUCUCCGUGUGGAUCCAACGCGGUGUGUCGCGAUGGUGCUUGUACCUGUCUGUCCGAAUAUCGCGGUGAUCCUUACUCCGAAUGUCGGCCGGAAUGCGUGCAGAAUCCGGAUUGCGCGUUAGACAAAGCCUGUAUUCGUAACAAAUGUUUCGAUCCCUGCGUCGGGGUUUGCGGACAAAACGCAAAGUGCACUGUUAUAAAUCACACCCCGAUGUGCAGUUGCCUGGACGGUAUGUCCGGAAACGCAUUCGCGGCGUGUUAUCCGAUUCAAGAUAUUAUGAUUGAGAAUCCAUGCAAUCCGUCACCCUGCGGUCCGAACAGUCGCUGUCAGAGCUUCAAUAACCAAGCAGUGUGCACGUGUAUACCUGGAUUUAUAGGAAAUCCGCCCGCGUGCCGGCCAGAAUGCAUAGUUAACACCGAUUGCGCGCUGAACGAAGCUUGCAUCAACAUGAAAUGCGGCAAUCCUUGCCUCGGUGCGUGUGGUAUAUCCGCUCGUUGCCAAGUACUGAAUCACAAUCCAGUCUGCAGCUGCCCUCCCGUGUUCACCGGCGACCCAUUCAUACGUUGUAUACCGAGACCGGAGGACGUACCAAAACCGACAAACCCAUGCCAACCGUCACCUUGUGGCCCCAACGCUCAAUGUCAAGUUGUCAAUGAUACACCCUCGUGUUCUUGCUUAGCAGAAUUCAUUGGAACGCCACCAAACUGCAGACCGGAGUGCGUCAGUAACAGUGAAUGUCCCAACCAAAUGGCGUGUAUUAAUCGCAAAUGCAGAGAUCCGUGUCCUGGAUCUUGUGGCGUUCUGGCUGAUUGCCAUGUAGUUAAUCACGUACCAACUUGCACAUGUCGCACUGGCUACACAGGCGAUCCGUUUGUUCAAUGUACAAUUAAGCCUCGCGAACCGCCGCAACCAAGCCAGCCCUGUCAACCAUCCCCUUGCGGAACGAACGCCGUGUGCAGAGAACAAAACGGCGUUGGUUCUUGCACAUGCUUGCCCGAAUAUGUUGGAAAUCCCUAUCAAGGAUGUCGUCCCGAAUGUACCAUUUCUUCAGACUGUCCCGCCAAUUUAGCUUGCAUUGGGUCCAAGUGUCGAAACCCAUGUGUCGGUUCGUGCGGCACCAAUACCGAUUGCCAAGUAGUCAACAACAUUCCUGUUUGUACUUGCAUUCCCGGUUACACAGGCAAUCCGUACACAAGCUGUAUUUAUCAGGCUCUUAACAUUCCCGAACCAGAACGUGAACCAUGCAAACCAUCUCCUUGUGGCCCCAACAGUCAAUGCACUAACAACAACGGCCAAGCUGUCUGCUCUUGCUUGCCCCAAUUUAUAGGAACUCCGCCAAAUUGUCGACCGGAAUGUCUAGUAAAUUCGGAAUGCGGCUCGAACCGAGCGUGUGUGAACCAAAAAUGUGUAGACCCAUGUAUCGGCACUUGCGGCCGUGACGCCCAAUGCAAAGUCGUACAUCACAGUCCUAUUUGUGUUUGCACAAAUGGCUUUACAGGCGAUCCUUUCAUCUAUUGUUUUGCAGCACCAAUUUCGGAUUUGGAAGACAAAUAUCCGAAAGAUCCAUGUUUGCCGUCACCCUGCGGACCUAACUCUUUAUGCAGAGCUAUCGGUGAUGCGCCAGCUUGCAGCUGCCUGCAGAAUUACAUCGGUGUCCCGCCCAAUUGUCGACCCGAGUGUUCGAUCAAUUCGGAUUGUCCCGCCGACAGAGCUUGCAUUCGAGAAAAAUGCAGAGAUCCUUGUCCGGGAUCAUGUGGUCUCUUGGCGCGUUGUUCGGUUAUUAAUCACACGCCGUCUUGCACUUGUCCCGAAGGAUACACUGGCGAUCCCUUUGUCAGUUGCAACGUCCUCCCUCAAGCGCCUUUACCAGCUCCAGACCGAUGUAAUCCGUCACCUUGCGGCCAAAACGCCCAAUGCGACGAUGGAACUUGUACAUGCAUACUCGAGUAUUUCGGCAAUCCGUACGUUGGUUGUCGACCGGAAUGCGUUAUCAAUACCGAUUGUCCGCGCGAUAGAGCGUGCGUGCUUCACAAAUGUCGCGAUCCGUGUGUCGGUACUUGCGGCAUUAACGCGGAGUGUAACGUCGUUAAUCACUUGCCUAUGUGCAGUUGCCCGAGAAACAUGACCGGUAACGCGUUUAUUUCGUGCACACCUAUUCAAGAUACGAUCAUCGUGGAUCAACAACCGUGCAAUCCAUCCCCGUGCGGUCCGAACAGCCAUUGCCGCGUGUCGAACGGUCAGGCAAUUUGCGCGUGUAUCGCCGGUUUCAGAGGCGUUCCGCCGUCUUGCAGGCCGGAAUGUCUGAUAAGCGCCGAUUGCGCUCGUAAUCGAGCCUGCAGCAACCAGAAGUGCAUUGAUCCGUGCCUCGGUGCGUGUGGAUUAACCGCACAGUGCACCGUUGUAAAUCACAAUCCGAUAUGCAGCUGCCCGCUUCUCUACACGGGAGACCCGUUUGUUCAAUGUCUUCCGCAACCAAAAGAACCGCCACAACCACCUGCAAACCCCUGCCAACCUUCACCUUGCGGACCAAACGCUGUAUGCCGAGUUAUCAAUGACGCCCCGUCGUGCUCGUGCUUGCCCGAGUUUAUUGGGGUUCCCCCUGGAUGUAAACCAGAGUGUAUCAGUAAUGGCGAAUGUCCCAGUCAUCAAGCUUGCAUUAACCAAAAAUGUCGGGAUCCUUGUCCGGGUUCGUGUGGUAGAAACGCGGAAUGCAAAACUGUCAGUCACACCCCAAUAUGUAUUUGUGUCAACGACUUUACCGGAGACCCAUUUAUCCAGUGCAAUCCGCAACCAAUAGACGUAUCGCCUGUCCCAUUAAAUCCCUGCCAGCCGUCGCCGUGUGGCGCGAACGCUAUGUGUCGGGAAGUUUUCGGCUCGGCGUCUUGCAUUUGUCUGCCUGAUUUCUACGGAAAUCCGUACGAAGGUUGUAGACCCGAGUGCGUUAUUAGCUCCGAUUGCACCUCCAAUCGAGCUUGCAUAAGGAACAAAUGUCAAGAUCCUUGUCCAGGAACAUGUGGCGUUAAUGCCAUCUGCGAAGUCAUCAAUCACAUACCGACAUGUAGCUGCCAAUUGAGAUACACUGGAGAUCCGUUCCGCUAUUGCCAGCCCAUACAAGAUAUCUCUCCGACACCUACAAGCGAUCCUUGCCAGCCGUCACCAUGCGGUCCAAAUAGUCAAUGCCUUAAUGUAAACGGAAAAGCCAGUUGUUCGUGCUUGCCCAAUUACCAAGGAACUGUUCCAAACUGCAGAGCUGAAUGUGUUAUCAGCACGGAAUGUCCCACAAAUCGCGCAUGCAUCAAUCAGAAAUGCGUGAAUCCGUGUCCAGGUGUGUGCGGCAUCAACGCAAAAUGCGACACACUAUCUCACAGUCCGUUCUGCAGUUGUGGACCCGGACAGAUCGGAGAUCCCUUCGUCAAGUGUUUUGAUAUGCCUUUGAUGCCUACGUUACCGCAACAAGUGAACCCUUGCAUUCCCUCGCCUUGCGGUCCGUUUGCUACGUGUCAAGACAGAGGAGGCUAUCCGUCUUGCACGUGCUUGCCCAAUUACAUUGGAUCACCACCUUAUUGCCGUGUCGAGUGUUCCGUUGACUCUGAUUGUACCAGCGACAAGGCUUGCAUCAGAGAGAAAUGCAAAGACCCUUGUCCCGGAUCCUGUGGCAUCAAUGCCUUGUGUACUGUAAUCAACCAUACCCCGGCCUGUACGUGUCUCGAUGGAUACACAGGCGAUCCCUUCAGCAGUUGUUACCUGGCACCCAUGCACGUUCCUCCAGUAAUAACAGAUCCAUGCAAUCCGUCGCCCUGCGGACUCAAUGCCGAAUGCCGUAACGGAGUCUGUAGUUGUAUACCCGAAUACCGUGGCGACCCGUAUCGGGAAUGCCGGCCAGAGUGCGUGCAGAAUUCCGAGUGUCCGUACGACAAAGCUUGCGCGAAUAACAAAUGCGUGAAUCCCUGCAUCAGAAUCUGCGGUCAAAACGCAGAAUGCACGGUCGUCAAUCACGUUGCCACUUGUAGUUGCGUUCAGAAUUACGAGGGCGAUCCGUUCACUCUUUGCACACGUGUGCAACCGCGCGUCAAACCCUGCGAGCCCUCACCCUGUGGACCCAACAGCAUCUGUCGCGAAUUCGGCGAUCAGGCUUCCUGUUCUUGUUUGCCUGGUUAUCUCGGAGUCCCGCCGAGCUGCAGAUUUGAAUGCCUCGUUAGCACUGAUUGCGAACAGACCAAGGCUUGCGUGAACAUGAGAUGUCGCAACCCAUGUGAAAACACUUGCGGUCAGAACGCAUUGUGCACAGUACGAAAUCACAAUCCCAUUUGCAGGUGUCCCGCUCAAUAUUCCGGCGACCCAUUCGUUAACUGUUUCCCUAUAACAGCAUCGGAACCUGCCAGGAACCCGUGCUACCCCUCACCGUGUGGACCAAACUCGCAAUGCGCGGUAUCCUCUGAUAACAAACCCUCCUGCUCUUGCUUACCCACCUUCAUAGGAUCUUCACCCAAUUGUAGACCCGAUUGCCGUGUAAACAGCGACUGUCCCAACAAUCGAGCAUGCAUUAAGCAGAAAUGUACCGACCCGUGCGUUGGAUUAUGCGGAGUCAACGCACUAUGCCAAGUCACUUUGCACCAAGCCCGAUGCACAUGUCCUGAAUCAUACACUGGAGACCCAUUCACAAUUUGCUCUGAAAUACUAUCAACUCCACCGCCGUCGGUACCUUCCAGACCGUGCAGUCCGUCGCCGUGCGGAAUAAACGCAUACUGCCACGAGAGAUUCGACACGGCCAUUUGUGAGUGCGUACCGAACUACAGAGGCAACCCGUACCAAGGCUGCCAGCCCGAGUGUCUCGUGAACACCGACUGUCCGAAAUCGCAAGCUUGCAUAAAAACAAGGUGUCAAGAUCCUUGUCCCGGUACUUGUGGCGUUGGCGCAAUCUGCACCGUCUCCAAUCACGUUCCCAUUUGUUCUUGCCCACUGCCUACGAUUGGAGAUGCCUUCACUCUAUGCCGAGUACCUGUAGAUGAUACUAAAGAAACGGACCCAUGCUAUCCUUCACCCUGCGGUCCAAACACCGUUUGUGAAAAAGUUAACAACAGAGCGGUUUGCAAAUGUUUGCCUGGCUUGGAAGGCGUUCCAACGAGUGUGACGGGUUGUCAUCCGGAAUGCGUGCUCAGUUCGGAUUGUCCAGGUGACAAAGCCUGCAUACAGAACAAAUGCAGAGAUCCUUGUUCUCAAAAUGUGUGCGGCAGCAAAUCCGUGUGCAAGACGAUCAAUCACAGUCCGUUAUGUAGUUGCCCAUCUCCGUUAAUCGGCAAUCCCUUCGAGGAAUGUUACACAAAGAUAGAAACUAAUCCUUGUAGUCCUUCACCUUGCAAUUACAAUGGCGAAUGCAGAGUGAGAAAUGGCGUCGCAAUUUGCAUCUAUCCCGAGUGCAUUAUUAAUUCAGAUUGCCCACGUGACAAGACCUGUUUCUCGCAAAAAUGCCGAGAUCCCUGCAUCGGCGCGUGCGGCAUCAAUUCUCUCUGUGAAACCGUUAAUCACAAACCGGUGUGUUCUUGUCCAGCCGGAUUCACGGGUAACGCGCGAGUGCAGUGCACAAUUCCGACCCUCAACGAACCGAUCUCAGAGUGUACUCAGAACUCGGAAUGUUCGAACGACAAAACUUGCUUCAAUCAAAAGUGCGUUGACCCCUGCACUCUCAAUUCUUGCGGUCCCAACAGUCGUUGCUACGUGAUAAUGCACAGAGCUACGUGCGUCUGCAACGAGGGCUACAGCGGAAAUGCCCAACAAUAUUGCCAUCAAAUUGGUUGUCGUCACGAUACCGAGUGUCCAUUGAUUCAAUCUUGCAUCAACAACGAAUGCGUCAAUACCUGCUUGGUCACCCAAUGUGGUAUCAACGCGUUAUGCACCGCUGACGGAUAUCACAAAACUCGAUGCUACUGUCCCGAUGGCUACAUUGGCAAUCCUUACGAAAUAUGCGAGAGACCCGAAUGUACCAGCGACAGCAACUGCGCCCCAUCUUUAGCUUGUCGCAAUCUCAAAUGUGUCAAUCCUUGCGACUGCCCGUCAUCGGCACUGUGCAAUGUUGUCAAUCAUCGACCACUUUGUAAAUGUCCACCUGGCUACGUAGGCAAUCCGUACACUUCGUGUCUUUUGGAACCAAUAGACAGAAACACUGGAUGUCAAGUCGACGCCGACUGUCCCAGUAAAUUAGCGUGCUUCAGCGGCAUUUGCGAAGAUCCGUGCACGAAAACAAAACCGUGCAUUGCCAGUGCUAAAUGCAGCGUCGUGGACACUUUACCAAUGAGAACAAUGAUUUGCGAGUGCCUUCCGAACUUCGCUGGCGACGCCACCGUUGCUUGCGUGCCAGUGGACAAACAAAUUGCUGCGAUAUGCGAGAGUGAUUCGCAAUGCACGCCAGACUUGGCUUGUCUAAAUCGCCGAUGUAUCAAUCCGUGCACCGUCAAUCCGUGCGCUCCGAACGCGGAGUGCCACAUCGAGAACCAUCGUCGCGCGUGUCUGUGUCCUCGCGGAUACGCCGGUGAUCCGUUUAUAAACUGUUACAAAGAAGAUGUAAUUCUUCCGGAAUGCAGAACGAACACGGAGUGUCCAUCCGACAAGGCGUGCAUAAAUCAAUUCUGUCAAGAUCCGUGCUUGGGCAGCCUCUGCGGCCUGAACGCGGAGUGUAUCACGAUAAAUCAUCAUCCCUCAUGUCAUUGCCAACGCGGUCUAGCCGGCAAUCCGCAAAUUCAAUGCUUCAAACCCGAAUGUAAGACGGAUGACGAUUGUCCUUACGACAAGACCUGCCGCAACGACAACUGCGUCACUCCCUGUCUCGGCGGCGACAUCGUAUGCGGUCGCGGUGCCGAGUGCAGCGCGGUGUCCCAUCGAGCUCAGUGCGUCUGUCCGCCGGGUACUCAGGGCGAUCCGCGCGUCGCGUGCAUCUCCACGAUCUGCCAUUACAACGAAGACUGCGCCGAUUACGAAGCCUGUGACAGACUGAACCGAGUUUGCAGACGAGUUUGUGAGGAGGACACCUGUGCCGAAACCGCGACCUGCAUCGCGCGCGAUCAUCAGCCGAGAUGCACGUGUCCCGCGGGCACCACUGGAAACCCGUACAUAACAUGCGUUGGCACUCCGAUCGAGCCGGAAUGCACACAUGACAGCGAAUGUGCAGCGAAUUUCGCUUGCAUCAACGCCAGAUGUCAAGAUCCGUGCCUGUCGACCGAUAUGUGCACCAGCGAACAGGAAUGCAAGAUCCUGAACACGCUGCCGCUUCGCACCAUGAUCUGCCUGUGUCCGCCAAACACCAUUACUGACGUAAACGGCCAGUGCAAGCCAAUCGUGUUAGGCGACGUGCAAUGUCAUCUGGAUCAAGAUUGCGCCAACUACGAGAAGUGCGUGGACGGAAGAUGCGAUGACGCUUGCCUGACCACCCAAUGCGGCUUCAAUGCUCAGUGCAAAUCUUCGUCUCACACUGGAAUCUGCUUCUGCUCCCAGGACUUUACGGGCAAUGCAUACAUAGAGUGUAUAAGAGUUCCAGUCUCUCCGCUGCCGGGAAUUCGACCGGAAUGCUACACGAACAGCGAAUGCGCGCACGACAAGCAGUGCAUAAAUUCGCUCUGCGUGAAUCCGUGCGUGAUCGGUGAUCCCUGCGGCAGGAGCUCUCUGUGCCACGUUGACAAUCACAAUCCGGUCUGCAAGUGUCCGAUUGGCUACAUCGGCGAUCCCACGAUCAAGUGCAUACCGCCGGAGAUCGUGCCCGAGUGUGUGACGAACAGCGAAUGCGCAGGAAACUACGCGUGCGUUAAUGGCGCGUGUAUUAAUCCGUGCAACUGCGGACCCAAUGCUAAGUGCAACGUUGUCAACCAUUAUCCUUCCUGCGUGUGUCCGCCGGGCUACUCCGGCAAUCCCCAACUGGGAUGUUUCAAGCUUGACUGCGAAUCUGAUAGCGAGUGCGAUCACGCAGCCACUUGCUACAACGGCCAGUGCGUGAAUCCUUGUAUUCUUGACAACAAGUGCGCCAUCAACGCGGAAUGCUACGGCAAGAAUCAUCAAGCGGCCUGCCGCUGCGGUGCGGGCUACUACGGCAAUCCCCAGAUCCAUUGCGAGAGGAUCGAGUGCAACACCGAUCACGACUGUCCGUACAAUCUGGCGUGCGACGGCGGUCGCUGCGUGAAUCCGUGCGUUGAGAAAUCGCCCUGCGCCCAGAACGCCGUCUGCUACGUGCAGGAUCACGUGCCGUACUGUCGCUGUCCCGAAAACAUACCGCUCGGAAAUCCAUUCUCCUACUGCGAACGACGUCUGCCGGAUGAAAUCGAGGAGCCCGAGUGCAGAGUCGACGUCGAUUGCGCGGACAAGUCGGUGUGCAUUCGUGAGAAGUGCAUCGAUCCUUGCCCGGUUAUCAAACCCUGCCUGGCAAAUGCUCGUUGCGAUCUUCUCAACACCAUGCCAGUGAGAACCAUGAUUUGCACGUGUCCAGAGGGAUGGAUCACCGACAUCGAUGGCGCAUGUAGGCCAAUACAACUGACGGUCAUCGGAACGUGCACGACGAACGACGAUUGCAGCGAUCGCGAGACCUGCAUCAACAGGCAAUGUCGCAAUCCCUGCAACUGCGGUCCCAACGCCGUCUGUCACGUGAGCAACCACAAACCGAUCUGCUCGUGCGAGCGAGGCUACCAGGGCAAUCCCGAUAUCGCGUGUCACUCAGUCGAGUGCCGACAUGACAGUCAGUGCACGCUCGAUAAAGCCUGUAAGAACAACAACUGCGUAAAUCCGUGCCUGAUCGCGGACUCGUGCGGUGUCAAUGCCGAAUGUUUCCCGAAUAAUCACGUCGCGGACUGUCGUUGCCGUAACGGCUAUCACGGCAAUCCGUUAGAUCGCUGCCGCGUGAUCGGCUGCUACAGCAACGGCGAUUGUCCCGGGGAUCACUCGUGCAUCAACAUGCAGUGCGUCAAUCCCUGCGUGCACGACAAUCCGUGCUCACCGCUCGCGGAAUGCAGGGUGUUGAAUCAUCUGCCAAUAUGCCGGUGCCCGCCGCACUUCACCGGAAACCCAUAUAUCAACUGCCGACCUGAAGUCAGACCGGAGUGCAGGGAGGACAGCGACUGUCCGGACUCCUUCGCCUGCCUAAACAGCAAGUGUCAGAGCCCGUGCCCGAUCAUACAGCCGUGCACGGAACCGUCCGAAUGUCGCGUCCUGCCGACGCAUCCGAUCCGCACUAUGGUCUGCGUGUGUCCCAGCGGAUACGUGAGCAGCGGCAGCGGUACCUGCCGCGCCACUACGCCGAUCGUCAAGAUCGAGUGCAGCAAGGACGACGACUGUUCGUCCGAGAGGUCCUGCAUCAACGCCGUCUGCAGAGAUCCUUGCGCGUGCGGGCCCAACGCCGUUUGCAAUGUCAUCAAUCACAAACCGAUAUGCUCGUGUACGCAGGGAUACGACGGCAAUCCGGACAUUAUUUGCAGAAAGGUUGCGGGAUGCAGAACGGAUGGCGAUUGCAGCGGUUCGCACGUGUGCGUCCAACACAAUUGCGUGCCGGUGUGCUCGCCAUCUCUGCCUACGUGCGGCAAGAACGCGGUCUGCCAUGGUAUAAAUCACAAGGCCAUCUGCGAGUGCCCACCUGGUUUCGGCGGCAAUCCGAGGGUUUCCUGCGUGCUGCUCGGAUGCAGAAGCAACUCGGACUGCCCGACGAACAAGGCGUGCAUCAACAAUCGCUGUGAAAAUCCCUGCGCGCAGAACCCAUGUACCGGCAACACGGACUGCAACGUUUACAAUCACGUUGUGGAAUGCGCGUGUCCGCCUGGUUAUGUCGGUGAUGUUAAAUCAGGAUGCGCCAAAGUUACAGAAAAGUGCAAGGCGGACAACGAAUGUCCGUCUCAGACCGCCUGCUUCAACGGACAGUGCAUCAAUCCGUGCACUAAGAUCGAACCUUGCGGCAUCAAUGCCGAGUGCAAAGUUCUGGACACCAGUCCGGUUAGAACCAUGAUAUGCGAAUGUCUUCCAGGAUAUCGUGGAAACGCAGUUGUUCGUUGUGACAAGGUAUGCCCGGUCGGAAGAGGUCAGAUUCGCGACGAACACGGCAAUUGCGUCUGCCCACCUGGGUUCGGUAAGGAUGAGAACGACGAUUGCAUACCUUGCCGCAGACAGUCCAAUAUGGUGAUAAACGAGGAGGGCUUUUGCGUGUGCGAUCUCGAAAAGGGAUUCAGUAUAGACGAAUACGGUAAUUGCGUGUGUCCAACGCGCUACGGAUACAGAAUAGACACCAGCGGAUAUUGCAGGCAGAUUGGUAUAAUAGAGUGCACACGCGACGACGACUGCGCCGACGAUAGAUACUGCGACACGAUUACUCGAACUUGCGAAAAUCCUUGCAGAAAUCAAGAGUGCGGUAUACACGCGCUCUGCAACGCCACCAGACACCAGGCCAUCUGCAUCUGCGUUAACGGCUACUUAGGCAAUCCAUAUACGCAAUGCUUCGACAAAAAAGACGGCCGGACAGACUUCCCCAGACCGGAAAUGGACGUGAGCUGUUUGUCGGACGGAGUGCAAGUUGUGAUACACUUGCAGGAUCAAGAUUUCGACGGAGUUUUGUACGUUAAAGGCCGCAGCAAGGACGAACAGUGCAGACGAGUUGUUUCGAUACCGGCUGAAACUCAACGUAAAACGGAAACGUUCAAAGUUGCAUUUGGCAAUUGCGGUCUGAUACACGUGAAUGGACAAGCUAGCUUCGUGCUUGUCAUACAGAAACACCCGAAGCUGAUGACUUACAAAGCACAAGCUUAUCACAUCAAGUGUAUAUAUCAAACUGGCGAGCAAAAUGUCACUCUCGGCUUCAACGUCUCUAUGCUCACUACCGCCGGAACGAUCGCUAAUACUGGUCCACCACCUGUAUGUGUAAUGAAAAUAGUCGCUCAGAACGGGAACGAAAUUAACUCAGCUGAAAUCGGAGACAAUCUGAUGUUACAAGUGGAAGUUCAACCUUCAUCUAUUUACGGCGGAUUCGCGCGAAAUUGCGUUGCCAAAACCAUGGAAGAUAAUUUGGAGAACGAAUAUGUCGUGACAGAUGAGAAUGGCUGUGCGACAGAUCCUACGAUAUUCGGAGAAUGGGAACAGAAUCCCGAGACGCAAUCUUUAAUGGCUAGCUUUAACGCGUUCAAAUUCCCCAGUAGUGACAAUAUAAGAUUCCAAUGCAAUAUACGCGUGUGCUUUGGACGCUGCCAACCUGUAAACUGUCGAGGUUACAACGCUUUCGGCCGUCGCCGAAGAGACGUCGCUUCCGAAAUGAACGAUACGUCUUUAAGUAUAUCUGACGGAUACGAAGGUCAACUUCGUGAAGAAAUAACAAUUCAGUCUAAUUUAAUAUUUACUCUGGAAAGGAGAGAGGAGAGGUAUACAGCAGAUCCAGCUGAAGCUCCUUCAGCGCAAAGAGUAGAAGAUAUCUGUGUUUCUAUGGUCGGCUUUAUCAUAGCAUUGAUAAUUACGGCACUCUUGGCACUGGUUGCCGUAGCUAUCGCUGUGUCAUGCUGGCUUAUGGCGUAUCGACGUCAGCCAAAGACUGCUGGACCACUGCCACACCCACCAGAGUUCCCAAAUCCUCUGUUCACUACUGAAUCUGUAGCUGAACCUUCUCCUGACUAUCACCUAUCAUAAGUCCAUUAGAAUAAUUAAUAUUUUAUAAAUAACAUAAUUCUUUUUUAAAUAAUUUUGACGGAAUGCAUCUCAGACCAUUCGUCUUAUUUUGGUCGGUUUUGUAUUUCUAUACACAACUCCUCCAGUGACUGUCACCUUGUCUCUUUUGUAUUCUCUUUUCUCGAGGGUUCAAACAACAACUUAACUGUUUUAUGUUACGAGUCACAAUAUAUAUAUUAUUAUUUAAGGUGAUGGUUCGCUUCUAUUGUGUACUUGCUAGAAAAUAAACAAUUCGACUCUGUCUUCUUCCUUUUAUACAUAUCUUUUCUGUAUUAUUUUCUCUAGUCAGUGGAGGAUUUGUUAAAAGUAAUGCUCGAAUUUAAUUCCUGUGUAAAGUCAACGAAUUAGUCUAAUAGAGCUUUCUUAUAUUACGAAAAUGUAGGUAAUUGUACAUUAUAUCUAAUAAAAUGCUCUAACGAAGUAUUUUUAAAAAGU